CCUUCCUGCCCGGGCCGGGUGCUGGGCCGCGCGGCUGUCCUGAGGAACCGUGAGAGCUGCGAGGGCUCUGCAGCAGGUGGUGGAGCCAGGAUCCAGCCUCCCAUCCUCCCGUCCCUGGCAGGGGCCAGGCAUGUGAAGCCUCCACGGGUCAUGGAGAACCUCCCUGCCUUGACCACUGAGGAGCCGACCCCCAGGGGGAGGGGGCCUGUGGGGCCUUCGGGAAGUGGCGGCAGCAAGGACCAGGUCCGGACUGUGGCCAUGAGGCCCUCUGUGAGCUGGGAGAAAGCAGGGCCUGGGGAGGCCAAGGCGCCGGGGACAGGAGACGAGGCUCCUCCUGCCCACGUGGAUGGGCCUGCUGCUGGGACCCCUCCCUGCCAGAUGGGCGCUUAUCCUACAGACCUCACCCUGCAGCUGCUGGCUGUGCAGAGGAAGAGUGGGCUGCGGGACCCCGGCCUGCAGCAGGCUCUGCGGGGCCAGCUCCGCCUUCUGGAGAAUGACAGCCGGGAGAUGGCCCGCGUGCUCGGGGAGUUAUCAGCUAGGCUGCUGUCCAUCCACAGUGACCAGGACCGGAUCGUGGUGACGUUUAAGACGUUUGAAGAAAUCUGGAAGUUUUCUACCUACCAUGCUCUUGGCUUCACUCAUCACUGCCUGGCAAACCUGCUUUUGGACCAGGCCUACUGGUUGCUCUCGCCCAGCGAGGAGGAGGAGACGGUCAUCCAAGUCCACGUGGAUGAGAAUGCCUUGAGGCUGACCCACGAGAGCCUCCUCAUCCAGGAAGGGCCCUUCUUCGUUCUGUGUCCUGACCACCAUGUGAGAGUGAUGACGGGUCCCUGGGAUUCAGGACUUGGCCCCCAGGCCCUCAGGCAGGCUUCAGGGGCUCCCCAGGGAGAGGCGGCCCCAGAAACAGACGCUUCACCGCCGAGCCCCAGCGCGUCCUCCGAGGAGGCGGCCGUGGCAGCCGCCCCGGAACCUUUGAUUCCGUUUCAUCAGUGGGCUCUGAGGGUCCCCCAGGACCCCAUCGACGACUUCAUGGGUGGCCCUGUGACGCCUGACAACCCGCGGAUGGCUAUGGGGCUGGCCUCAGCGUUGGCAGACUUCCAGGGCUCGGGGCCCGAAGAGAUGACCUUCCAAAGCGGCGACCUCAUCGAGAUCCUCGGGGCGCAGGUGCCCGGCCUGCCCUGGUGCGUGGGCCGACACGCAGCCUCGGGCCAGGUGGGGUUUGUGCCCAGCAGCCUCGUCAGCAUGCAGGGCCCAGUGUCCGAGUUGGAAAGUGCGAUUUUCCUCAGUGAGGAAGAAAAGUCAUUCUUCAGCAAGGGCCGCUUUUCUGAGGAGGAUGCCAGGCAGUUGCUGGGGCAGAUGUCAGGCACCGAUGUGUGCACGGUGUACAGCCUGGACUCAGUGGAGGAAGCUGAGACUGAGCAGCCCCAGGAACAAGAUCCUUGCCUGAGCCCGGAGCCGCAGGAGACCCUGCAGAAGGUGAAGAAUGUUCUGGAACAAUGCAAGACUUGCCAAGGCUACCCCCAGGAGCCAGCGUCCUGGGAUCUCCGUGUGGCAUCCAGCAACGACAGCUUGCAGGACCCGGAGGAGCCCUCCUUCUGCUUGGAAGCUGAGGACGACUGGGCGGACCCGGAGAGCCCGAGCUCGCUGCUGCUGUUCCUGAACGCUCCCGAGUACAAGGCUGGCUUCCGUGGCCUGUAUGACGUGGCGCUGCCGUGGCUGAGCACUGUGUUCUGCAGCUUCGGCGAUGAGGAAGAGGUGACUGGGCGCCUGGCACAGGCCCGGGGCACUGCCAAGAAAGCUGGCCUCCUCAUGGCACUGGCCAGACUGUGCUUCCUCCUGGGGCGGCUGUGCAGCAGGAGACUCAAGCUGUCCCAGGCCCGGGUGUACUUUGAGGAAGCGCUGGGGGCACUGGAGGGCCGCUUUGGAGACCUGUUCCUGGUGGUGGCCGUGUAUGCCAACCUGGCCAGCAUUUACCGGAAGCAGAAGAACCGGGAGAAGUGUGCACAGGUGGUGCCCAAAGCCAUGGCCCUGCUCCUGGGCAUGCCCGGCCACAUCUGCAGUACCGAGGCGGAGGGGGAGCUCCUGCAGCUGGCGCUGCGGUGGGCGGUGGGCGGCCAGAGCCCGCAGGCCGAGGCCCGGGCCUGCUUCCUGCUGGCCAGGCACCAUGUGCACCUCAAGCAGCCCGAGGAGGCGCUGCCCUUCCUAGAGAGGCUGCUGCUUUUGCACAGGGACUCGGGAGCCCCGGCGGCUUCGUGGCCCACGGACUGCUCCCUGCUCCUGGCUGACAUCUACAGCCGCAAGUGCCUGCCCCACCUGGUGCUGGGCUGUGUCAAGGUGGCCUCAUUGCGGACACGAGGCUCACUGGCCAGCUCGCUGAGGAGCGUGGACUUAGUGCUCCGGAACGCCCCCCAGCCCCACGGCCUCCCUGCCCAGACUUCCCAUUACCUCAGGCAAGCGCUGGCCUCCCUGACCCCGGACACGGGCCAGCCACUGCAUGGCCCCCUCUACGCCAGCCUGGCCCAGCUGUACAGCCACCACGGGUGCCACGGCCCGGCCAUCACCUUCAUGACACAGGCAGUGGAAGCCAGUGCGGCUGCCGGAGUCCGUGCCAUCGUGGACCAUCUAGUGGCUUUGGCCUGGCUGCACGUGCUGCACGGGCAGAGCCCGGUGGCCCUGGACAUCCUGCAGUCUGUCCAGGAUGCGGGGGUGGCCAGCGAGGACCAGGAGGGUGUGAUUGCCAACAUGGUGGCCGUGGCCCUGAAGAGGACCGGCCGGACGAGGCAGGCAGCUGAGGGCUACUACCAUGCCCUGCAGGUGGCUCAGGGCCUGGGCCAGCAGAGGAACCAGGCAGUGGUGCUAGCCAACUUCGGGGCUCUGUGCCUGCACGUGGGGGCCAGCAGGCUGGCGCGGCACUAUCUCCUGGAGGCUGUGCGGCUGUUCUCGAGGCUGCCCCGCAGGGAGUGUGGCCGGGACUUCACCCACGUGCUCCUGCAGCUGGGUCACUUAUGCACCCGCCAGGGCCCCGCCCAGCAGGGCAAGGGCUACUACGAGUGGGCCCUUCUGGUCGCCGUGGAGACAGGCCACGUGGAAAGCCAGCUGAGGGCCGUCCAGCGGCUGUGCCACUUCUACAGUGCCGUCAUGCCCAGCGAGCCCUCGGCACGAAAAAUGUAUCAUCAUGACCCGAGAAAUGGGAGGGGGGGGGGGGAAUUACUAUAUGAAUGA